AGUAAACGGUGGUUUUGGUGCUAACUUUCGACAUUAUGGCGAACUUGCGCCGACUAAAACCCCUCUACCCCAAAUUUUUACAACUAGAACUUCAGUAGAUUAUGUUAAUAAACAGAAAUGCGUUGAUUUUGAGGUGAUUUCACCUCAGGUCAUUAGAAAUAAAAUUGUGCUUUGCAACCGUGCUGGUGAUACACACGAAAGUUACGUCCAUAGCAGUUUCCAAAGUAGUCUUUAUUGGUUGUUAUAGAGGUUUUCAUCACACCUAUGAAAACUUCAGUCUUCUUCGUUCCGAAAUUAUGUGAUGCACAUAUAUUCCUAGGCUCACAAACAGCUGAGACAGCGUUUGGCAAGUAGACAUUUCAUCAGAACUUGCUUACUUCAUGUAACUGUCAGGUCAGAAACACCUAGGUUUUGUGUCAUGUGGUCAAGCAUGUCGUUCGUUUUUAUGUGCAUAGUUGGUUCAACUCAUACUUUUGUGUACAAUAAGGUUUCAGAGCAUAUUACUUAGAGUCAUAUAACGAAGAGUUGAUUUCAAUCAUUUAUAGUGCUUCACACUUCCUGGAUCAAAUGGUUCACAUGAAUAUGGCUGGAAGUAGGUGGCCGGCUGCAGUGGCUCCUACUAACAGAGUCGGCAAUGCUUCUCGAGCAAAACAAGUUAUUUUCGAACCUACAUUUGCCAAAAUGGAAAAAGAGAAUUACGCUUUAACUCAGCGACUGAAGGAAGCUUUCUAUAAGGUAGAGAAGCGGUAUCCUGGUUUCAGUAAAGAUUUCAUGAUUGGCUUGCUUCAGCGGAUGGGAGUCGAUAGUGAAAUCGAUGUGACUGAAACGUGUUUACGGAUUGCUGCUCUUCAAGAAUGUGAUAAUCCAAGGACGUCAAGAAAUCCUAGAGUUUUGGAGUUGGAACUUACGGCUAAGACUCUGAAAACUAUUCUUAGUAGCAUACCUGAUGAAAUUAUCGACCGCAGAGCAUUUAUAGAAGUCAUCAAAGGAAUAGCAGAUGCGAUAAAGAUGUUGUUAGCUGCUGUGGGUGCGUUUUAUGAUACGUUACCACCAGGAACACAAAAGAAAUGUCUUGAAGAUCAAAAACGAAAAUUUAUCACCUACUGUCGUAAAUUUAGUGACACUUUGAAGCAGUACUUUAGGAACAACGAUCAAACUGUGGUUUUCAGCAGCGCAAACCUUCUGGUUAGCCAAACCAACCUAAUUUUGUUUGUGGUUCAUGAUGUAGAUUGAAGAAAACGGAAAAAUACCACCAUUGUUAAUAUUUUGUGCUUACUUCGGAUUAUAUUUCCUUAUGAAUGUGAUUUAUGAAUAGUUGAAAAAUUAGUUUUUACUUUUGCGUAAACAUCUAUAGUAAACUGGUUACUUUUUUUAAACAUUAAAAUUGCGAUUUCGCGUUACUUUUUUCCAAAUAUUUGACUAAGUGACAAAUUAUUUUGCAUCAUUACUUAUACUUUCUUUAUUUCCAGCUCCUUGUAAAUUGAGAAUAAAAGCUUUUACGUAAUAGGAUAUAAAAUUAUUUGUGCUUC